CGACUCCCUGCUGCCCCCAGGUGUCUGCCCCUCUCACUUAACGGACACAAUUUCAAGAGGUUGACUCAUGAAGCUAUUUGCAUGUCUUGAUUUUUAAGUCCCAUGAGUUAUUGCCUACUCCUUUUGCCAUCUAUUGAGACCUCGCUCAUAACCGUGACUAUUUCAUAUCAUUUACCUCAGAAUACGUCCUGACAUUCCUGUCAAACUAUGUAAGAUUAAGUGGUAAAAAAACACAGAAGAAAUUGUUAAAUAAGGGGGGGAAAACAUCAGCAUGUCAACCAUAGGUUCUUUAUAAUUGUAUGAUCUCUGCUGAGGGGCCAAUAGCAGAGCGACAUUCUGCGUCAUUACAUUUUGGUCCUUGUUCGCAUCUGACUGCCGACGCUCGAGUUUCGUAGUAGUUUACACGUAAGGCUUUCAGGAGGAACAACUUGAAUUCACACUCGGGACAGGACAAAUGCAUUCCGUGGACGUGCGUAAUAGCGUUAAUGCCUAGGCUAUUUUGUAUCCACUGAUAUGGUGCUUAAACCUCGUGCUUUUGCGCUUCAACACUUGCACUCUACCGAGUUGGCGAUUCGAGUUUUUUGGCAACUUACAAUCUUACGGGUUGCGCUGUAUAACUUACCUUAAAGCUAUCCAAUCCCUGCCAACUGUGGAUGUUAAAGCUUGGGAUAUAAGUGAUGCUUGACCACAGAGGAUAUUGUAUCUUUCGAGGAGUGGUCACCAUUCGGCAAGACUGACUUUACGCACCGCUGACCAAAGAUGCUGCAAGGAUUGGAGCCAACGAACUGUACUGUGUGUUGCUGUACACUUGCCAACAAAAUACUGAUGGUGGUAUUUAUGAUUUUAUUAAUCUUUGCGAUACUGUUUGGAAACUCAGUAACGUUAGCUGUGAUUUUUGGAACCAAACAUUUUCACACUCCUCAGGGUUACCUGAAAGCAUCCCUGGCCACGGCUGACCUAGCAGUGGGCAUUUUCGUGGUACCUCUCUCUGUUUACGCAGAGGUUUCUCUUUUGAUCAAUGGCACCACACCAGAAUGGACAAUGCGUAAUUCACAGGACAUCACUUUUCACCCGUGCAUCUUUAUCGGACCCAUGUUUGCAGGUUGCACAUUGGUUUCAAUCACAACAAUCUUCCUUCUUACCAUUGAGCGGAGUAUUGCGGUUGUGAGGCCUCUGCAUAAGGAGUCUGUGAUAACGAGGAAGAGAACAACCGUCUUAAUUGUCUUCUCUUGGCUAGGGAGUUUUCUCCUGGCUGUAACUCCCAUUAUAUUUAGCAAAGACAUCUCACUGGAAUAUAACCCUUGCAGUAGGAUGUGUAAUUACGCAGUGGGGAGAAAUGGCUUCCCCUCUCAUGCGUGGAACAUUCUUUUACUUUUUCCAGCAUUUGAUUUCACUCUACUGGGGGGAACUGUGGUGAUAAAUGUUAUAUCCCUGUCCACCAUCCGCCAGCAUUCAAAGAGAAGGAAACAUCUAGCGGAGGCGGAAUGCCAAAGCAUCUCCAAACCCACUUUUUCCGACAUCAAGGCUGCGAAGACCAUAGGAACUUUGACCUUAGCCUUCACGGCAUCUUUCACUCCCAUUGCUGUCUUCGUUGUCGGGAAUGUCAUAGGCAAUGAAUGGUGCAAUUUCUCUUUUUUUGCUUUCUGGAUAUUAGCCACAAACAGUUGCUGGAACGUUAUAAUAUACAGUGUCAGAGACCAGAAGUUUAGACAUUGUGCGCACCAGCUUCUAGCAUUACCGAGGGGAAAGAAUGAUGCCAACACCUAACAUGCAUACAGUACAUGUAUAUUAUCAUUUUACAAGUAGCCUGACAUAAUUCUAUGAAUUUAAUUUGAAAUACUGGAGUAAUAUCUCCGAAUGAAUGCCUUUUUGCAUAUCUUCGACUGUCUCAAGAACAGGGUUUCUGUUGUGUUGUUAGUUAUUUUGCAUGACUCUGUUAUUUGCAGGU